GUAGCAUUUUUAUUAGAAAGAAAUCCAAAUGCAAAAUUCUUGUGUACCUAUCAUGAAAGAAGUGCAGAUUGGUCUAUAGAACAUCUAUUAAAUAAAUGGAAUCUUACCUGCACUCAUAUAUCAUUGGCUGGACUCGGAACAGAUUCUGAUAUAAACAUACAUGAAUUAAUGCAAGAUCAUACAAUUCACUUAUUAAGUAUACAGCGUGCAGCUUAAGUGUCUUUUGCCAUGAUUCCAAGAUAUUUAAUUUCUAUACGUAAUAUUCCAUGGACUGUUUCUCACUCCCAACUUGAAGGAUACUUCUCAAAAUUUGGUAGUGUGAGAACUGCAAAAGUUAUAUUUGACAAAUAUGGUAUAAGCACAGGUUAUGGAUUUGUAGAAUUUUAUGAUAAAGUAGUAGCAACCUCUGUGCUUAACAAAGAUCAUGUUUUGGAUAAUGGAAAAUUAUCUAUUAUUAAUGGUCUUCAAUAUUUGCACGAAGACCCUGUUAAAGAGUUUGUAGAGCAACACAUAUUAGAUGCUGAUACAAAUUGGAAAUGAAAGUAUAUGCACAGUGAAUAGACAAUAAAAAAAUAAUCACAAU